AUGCCAUCAACAGUAUCAACAUCCAACGAAUGGGCCAAAUCAGAGAGAGAGUUGGCUUUGGAACAGCAACUUCAAGAAAAAAUAAUCAAUGAAGAAUUCAAAAUUUGGAAAAAAUCAGUUCCAUUAUUAUAUGAUUUUAUUCAUACAUUUGCAUUAGAUUAUCCGUCGACUGUAUUUCAAUGGCUUCCGACGUAUAACCAGGUUGACGAUGAGAAAGUAGAAGUCAAGUUCGUUUACAGUAUUAAUUCAAUCAACAAAAUAGAAAACAGUUUGAAUGUGGCUUCAAUCACAUUACCAUCAUCAAUUAUUCAACCAAUAGAUUUAACAUUACCAUCUAUUGGGAUAAAUACUUCGAAUUUUAAGGUAAGCAGUAAAUGGAAGCAAAAUUCGGAGUCAAAUACUAUAGAAAUAUCACCAGAUGGGAAAACAAUUCUUUCAUUCAAUAGGGACGGGAUAAUACAUGGUUAUAAUUUAGACAAUGAUAACGUUUUAGAUUAUAAAUACCACAAACAAGUUGGAUAUACAUUAAAUUGGAUAGAUGAUGAAAAAUUUUUAUCUGGAUCAAAUGAUUCUCAAAUUGCUUUAUGGCAGCGUAACAAACCAUCUACCCCAAUACAAUUAUUCAAAACUCAUCAUGGAGCUGUCAACGGUAUUUCUUCAAGUGAUAAAAACAUUUUUGGAUCUGUUAGCGAUGACUCAACAACUCAACUAUUUGAUCUUAGAUCUUCAACUGACACGAACCCUAUUAUAAAUGUUGAGAAUAACUUUAUACAGAAUGCUAUCAAAUUUCAUCCAAAUAUCAAAAAUCUUUACGCAACAGGUGGGAAAGACAGUGUUAUUAACUUGUAUGACCUAAGAAAUUACAAAACGCCAUUUCGUAAAUUAUUCGGUCAUAACGAUUCCAUAAAGCAAAUCGAAUGGGAUUGGAAUAAUCCAUCCACAAUUGUAUCAAGUGGUCUAGAUUCUAGAAUAAUAUUUUGGAAUUUGGAGAAUUUAGACGAAGAUUUUACAUACCCUGACACAUCUGCAAGCAACGCUACAACCUCAACAAAUAAUGUUACAGAGACUAGAAGAAGGUAUCAACAAGCAAACAAAAUUGAUCCAUGUUUAAAGUACAUCCAUGGUGGGCAUGUUGGCAGAAUUAACGACUUUGCUAUUCAUCCUAAAAUAAAGAAUUUAUUUGCUAGUGUUGGUGACGACAAAUUAUUGGAAAUCUGGAAGCCUAAAACAUUAAGUGUUGAGGAAGAAGAAGAACAUGAUGACGACGACGAUGAGCCUGAACAAAUUGAAGAGGAAAUUGCAAAAGAAACUGCAGCUGCUCAAGAAGACAUCGAAGUGGAUGAAGAGGAGGAGGAUAAAGACGAAGUGGGCGAGGAGGAAAUAAAUGAUAAGGAAGAAAAUGCUGAGGAUAUUAAAUUAAAUCAGUACGAGGUAAAAGAAGAUGAUGAAUCAAAUGAAAAUGCAAAAAGUGAAAUAGCUAAUGGAGCUGGUAUAGCAAAGAAAGAAGAUAUUGGAAAGGACCAAGGUGACGAGAUAAUUGCGACGGAUGACGGUGAUGUUGAGGUAAAAGAAUAG